UCGAGGUGAGUUUCCCUUCUGUCUGCCUGUAUACGUACAUUCCUGUCGCUGGCGGUUCUGAUGAUUAAUAAGUAGUAGGAAUGUUUCUGAGCCCUUAGAAGGCAUGCCUCAAACCAAUAACCGUGCAGAAUUAACGGGAAUUCUGAGAGCGCUGGAGAUUGCUCCGAAAGAUCGGGAUCUGGAGAUCAUUACUGAUAGCAAUUACUCUAUCAAUUGCGUCACGGUCUGGUAUCAGAACUGGAUGAAGAGGGAUUGGAAAACCUCGACGGGCAAGGAUGUCGAGAACCAGGAUCUGAUUAAAGAUAUCAGGACGAAGAUCGAGGAGAGAGACGACCAGGAUGUGGUGACGACCUUUACGUGGAUCAAAGGCCAUGCCAAUGACCCUGGAAACGAAGCCGCUGAUCGACUAGCGGUCGCUGGUGCUCGGCUUGGAAGGGCGAGGAAGUGAUGGUAUGAAAAAAGGGGUUAUGGUACAGGAUUUUGGGAUUGGGUUAUUAUGUUUAUGGUUGUAUCAUAUUCCUGCUUCUUGUUAUCUUCUCUGCUCGGGAGAUGUGUUUAAUACCCCCA